CGUCGUUAGCUGGCUGGGCUGCACAGUAGUUGCAUUUAAAUUCGCCCCUUUUCUUAAUCAAUAGAAAAUAGUAUAACAUAGCCAUAACAGCGAAAGUGUUGCGACAACCGACUUUUUUUCUGAAGUGACAAUUGCCGCGUCCAAACUGUUGGGAUAUGGCCCGGCGAGAGCAGGUACUGCUUCUAGAACCGCAACACGACCUGAAAUUCCGAGGUCCAUUUACUGAAGUGGUGACCUCAACUUUAAAGCUUACUAAUCCCACUGACAGAAAUGUUUGCUUUAAAGUAAAGACAACUGCGCCACACCGUUACUGUGUUCGGCCAAACAGUGGCGUGAUCGAAGCUGGAGUCUCAGUUAAUGUCUCAGGUGGAAGAACAAUAGAUCAAGGGUCUUACGUGAUGCUGCAGCCAUUUGAUUAUGACCCCAAUGAGAAGUGCAAACACAAAUUUAUGGUACAGUCAAUAAUGGCUCCACCUGACAUGACUGACAUGGAACGUCUGUGGAAGGAGGCCAAGCCAGAGGAGCUGAUGGACUCUAAGCUGCGAUGUAUUUUUGAGGUGCCAAAGGACAGUGAGAAAAUGCAGCAUGACAAAGAUAGCAAUAAGACCUCUAGUCUUCUGAAAUCUGAUCUGACUUCAUUAUCAUCUAAGUCAAUGGUUUCAAGUCUGGGUGAUGUAGAGGUGAAAAAGAUCAUGGAAGAGUGCAGAAGACUUCAAAUGGAGGUGCAGCGACUAAGAGAAGAAAACAAACAGAUUAAGCAGGAAGAUAAUGGUCUGUGGAAUAGCAAGAGCACAGCGAUGGCAGUUCAGCAAUCUUUACCUUCUUCAUUGACUUCAGUGAAGGAGGAAGGCUUGAGCAUCAGGGUGAUCUCUUUAAUUGUGUUGUUCUUUGUCAUUGGCAUCAUUGUUGGAAAGUUACUCUUGUAAAAAUUAGGAAGGAAUAAUCUUCAGCAUUUUGAAUGAAACAAUUUAACAAAAUAAAAACUUU